UUGCUGUAAACCUUUUUGGCUCCCGCCGGGCUUCCGUAGGAGCUUCGUGCUCCUUCGUUACCAUGACAACUGAACAACGCUAACCUGACAGAACCAUAAACGGAGGGGCUAAGAAGAGUCCGGUGCGGAGCAGCAUGGAGCCGGCAGGAGAAGUUGUUAUUCAGCGCCCUGAUCCGCCAGUGGUGGGGAAGGUAAAUCACUACAGCAUUGAGUUGUAUUGGGACAUCAAUAACAUCUACCAGCGCAUCGGGCCUUCUAACAAAUGGUUCCAAUUUUCCAUUGAGGAAGAAGAUGUCAAAACCCACAUGUAUGGCACCAUUUAUUCAGGAUACUCCAAGCAACGUAUUGUUGAAGGUUUAGAGUCCAGCACCAGCUACAGGUUCCGACUAAAAGUCACAGGGCAAAAUGGAGAGUAUGCAUAUAGUCCCGUGGUCACAGUGUCCACUACAAGAGAGCCCAUGACUGGAGAACUUCUUCAUCGAGCUGUGAAUAGGAAUGAUGAAGCUGCAGUCCUAAAAAUACUUCAAUCCGGACACGUGAAAGCCGAUAUUCCUGAUAAACUGGGAUUCAGUCCUCUCAUGGUCGCUGCACAAAGAGGAUAUUUCAGGAUUGUUCAGUUACUCAUUGAUCACGGUGCCGAUAUCAACCAGGAAAACGGGAGCGGAAAGAACAGUCUAAUGUUGGCUUGUUUCGCUGGACACCUGGAUAUUAUACAGUUUUUAAGAAAACAAGGAGCAUCUUGGGAGAGCCGGGAUAAGGGCGGAUGUACAGCCAUGCACUGGGCAGUGGAUGGAGGCAAUGUAAAACUAAUUGAUUGGAUGAUUGGUGACGGCUGUGAGGUUGAUGUUAAAGAUUCAUGUUCACAUUGGACUCCACUAAUGCGAGUUUCAGCAGUAACCGGAAACGCUGAUGUCGCUCAGCGUUUAAUUGCCGCUGGCGCAGAUGUCAAUGCAAAGGAUAAGGAUGGGAAGAGUUCCCUGAUGGUUGCAACGUUAAAUAACCAUGAACGCUUGGUCCGUUUACUAAUAGAAAACGGUGCCGACUGCAGCAUCACAAAUGAGUAUGGAAUAGGCAUCUCACAAAUGGCUAAAGCUUUCAACAGACAGAAUAUGGUGGUGAUAUUAGAGGACAUGAAGAAGGAGAUUCUAUAAGAGAGGCUUCGCCGAGUCUACGCAAAAACCUGUGUUUGAUUAUCCUGACAGUAGAAAACUUGGAGCUCUCUGCUAUGACGAUACAUAAAAGAGCAGCGGCACACAAGGGUAGACCUGCACCCUGUCGCUUCUCCUCACAUUUCUCUUGUAUUAAAUAGAAUUGUCUAGUACUUUUUUGUAAAAAAGAGAAGUAAUCACAGGGUAUAAUGAUGCAGAGUCUUCCCGACUCUGCAUCAUGAAGUGUGAAGACGGGAUUUUAUCAUUGUUUAAAUUGUACGUUGUGAUGCUUAAAGGGGUACUAUGCUUCUCAGCGUUUGGAACAAACGUCACACCCACCCGCCCCCUCAAUGUAAGUCUAUGGGAGGGGGUGUGGCGGCUGCCACACCCCCUCCCAUAGACUUGCAUUGAGGGGGUGUGGCGUGACAUCAUGAGGGAGCGGGGUUAUGAUGUUAUGAGCUCCUGGCGCCGGCUCCAGCGUUCAGAACAGUUUGUCAGAGC